AUGGCUGCCAACCUCGCCAGCCAGAAUGGCCUCCCUACCAAUUUGCCCCUCCGCCAGGACAUUUCUGUCGUCAACAUGGGCCUCUUUCUGACGCCCGAAGCCUCCCUACGCUACAUUCAACCUUUACUUAACGAAGUCGCAACCUGCCUUGUUGGCACUUACAUUCAGGCCAAGCACAUACCUGGUCUUCGUGCUGUGCUUCCCCGGCUGCCUAAGGAACUUGCAGCUGUCCUGCCCGACCUGUUGGGCAAAACCACCAGCAACAUUCUUAUGUUGCCAGCCCUUCCGAAUGAAUUCAAUGAGAUCUUUUCCUUGUCACUUGAUGAAGAGGCCGCCUUCCGCCACCAGCUUCUCGGUCUUCAACCAAAGCUGAAGCAUGCGAUCACCCUGUCAAAUGACGAGCUCAACGGUCUUCUCCACUAUCUGCCAAGUUUGCCAUCCAACAUCAGCACUGGCUUCAAGAUUCCGCUCCAGGAAUAUGCUAGUGUGAAUGUGAAAAAUGAAGGUCUCUCUGAUCAGCUCCGGGUUGUUUGGGCAGUGAAUUCAUACCAGGAUUGGUUUGCGGUGUACAACGCAAUUAGCUUCUUUGAAGGUCUUACCAGUUUUGCCACUGCAAUCCAAGCGAUCAAGCCCAGCCAGUUGCAAUUUACAUACUGGAGCUUUUACCAUUACUUUAUCCGCAUUGUUGUGGCCGGUCUUGACGUCAAAGUGUGA